AUGGAAAUUCAAUUAAGUUUUCUCAAGGGUAAAUUACAGGGAGCAAUUGAUCGAUGCAAUGCUGAGGAAAACCUUUGUAUUGAAUUAACAAAAGAAGUGAACAAGAUUGAAAAUCUUGUUAAAGAGAAAAAGAAGAAAACAUGGAAAGAUGAUAUUGAAGCUAUUGGAGAGGCUUCUGAAGAAAUUUCAAAGGACAUGCAGAAAAAUAAGUGGGCACAAAAUGAUCAUGGAAAAAUAUCAAAAAAUUCUCCAAAUGAAUCUACUGUAACUUAUGAAAAAACAGAAAUUCAAUCAAAUGUUCAACAAGCACAGAAUGAUCUCAAAAAAGCAUCAACAAGUUCUCCUAAUGAAUCUACUGUAACAUCUGAAAAAAUAGAUUUGGAAUAUUAUAAAUAUGAUAAUGAUGAAAAUAUCAAGUUAUCUUUGAUGGGAAGACGUGUUGAUAAUCGUGAAGAUGCAUUCCGAAUGUAUAAAGCUCAUUCAAGAGCUAUUGGAUUCAAUAUAAGAAAAAAUACUGAUUAUAUAAGAGAAAGAAAGAAAAAAGAAAAGGAGAUAGCAAAUUCAGAAUUCAUAGAUGAGGAAAAACAGUCAUCAAAGAAAAGAAAAGAAAGGAGUGUUAAUGAGACUAGAACUGGUUGUAGAGCUAAUAUUAGAUUCAAGAUUAUAGAAUCUGGAGAAUAUUGUGUUAUUCAACACAAUAUAAAACACAAUCAUGAAUUGGUUAAUCCUUCGGAAAGACAUCACUUGAACUCUAAAAGAAGUGUUAAAGAAGAGAUUGGAAUGGUGAUUGAAAAGAUGAUAGAAAGUGGAAUUAAACCAAUGGAUUGCUAUGAAUAUCUUAAAAGAGAGAUAGGAUCAAAGGAAUCUUUAGGACACACAAAGAGAGAUCUAUUAAACUAUGUGACUAGGUACAAAUCUAGCAUAAUAGAAGGAGGAGAUAUGCAAAGUGUCCUGGACACACUACAACAGAGAGCAGAAUCAGAUCCUUCUUUAUUUUACAGAUUGAAGUUUGGUGAAAAAGAUUAUAUAGUGAGCUAUUUUUGGCGUGAUUAA